AAUCACCUCCUCAUCUCUCACCCUGAACAAGGUCUAGUGAAACCUGGUGUCAUGUUUGAUGACCAGCUCUCCUUCUCUGAGGAUGUAGCAUCAUCUCCUGGUCAUGUCUCUUUGUGCUAUACAACAUCAUUAGCAGGAGCGUCCUUCUCUAUCUUCAAGAAUCUGUUGAAGAUUUCUCUCUUCAGAGAGCUUCUCCCCUCCUAUCACUUUUAACAUCCUUACAUGUAUAACUAGAACUUACUUUGAACUUUACCUGUACUUCUUUACCUGAGCUCCUUCACUUAUUAAAUAGAUGUAGUAUUUAGUCCUUACAACAAGGUCUCCUACUGCACUGAAGCUUCAGUGAUGUCCCUCACUGUAAGUCUCUUUGGAUAGAAACGUCAGACACAUGAGUAAAUGUAAAUGUAAAUGUAAAUGUCAAAAGCCUGUUCUAGACUGUUCUAGUCUAGAGUCCACAAUCCAUUCAUAGCAAACUUCUAUAGAAAGCACAUCAAUCCACAGACUGUCAGUAUUGUAAAUAUCUCAGUCCAAACACAGAUUCUGGCAUGUUUGUAAAAUGAAACAACAGUCGCUUAUAAGGGUGAGCAGUUCUUCUCUCUUGGGGUGGGUGUUGGAAAAUGACCCAUAUGUGAUCCAGACUGGGUUAAAUCACCACACCUCCCUUACAAUAUAAAUCCGCUGUAAAUGGGGCUAAAAGAGAAAAGAAAGCCCCAGUUUGAUACAUAAAACGUACACAGACCACUGAUUGGUGCUUGCUUGGAUGGAUAGCUUUAAGUUGAAACAGUGGUUGACUGGCCAACAUGGAACAUAUGACACAAGUGUACCAAAACUCCUGACUUAUUUUACAACAUGCACAAUAAUCACAUAUCAGGCACAUCACUUAAACAGGUCAUUAGUCACUUCAGGUGAUCCUGUCAAUCAAUAACCUGGUGGGUCUUGCCAUUAAGAUGGGACUGGCCUUCCAGGAUCCAUCUGUUCUCAGAAUGUAUAAAAAGAUGCAGAUGUAGCAGCAGCCAACAGAAGUCUGCAACUGUUUCAGUGAAGGUGACAUGGUGAAUUUUUCUUCUUUAUUCUGGAUUAGAUUUCAUGUCCAGUGAGGCAGUGUUAGAAGACAAAUGUUCAUCAAAUGAUACUUUUGUAAAAAGCAUAUAAUUUUAAUUAGAAGGAAAUCAUCAUUUGCCCUCUGUGUUUUAUCAUUUAAACAAGAAUUAUGGUAAAUUCAACUUUAUCUUAUUUCAUACUUGGAGCUUAUUUGCAUGUUGGAACUUUGAAAUACUUGUAUUUCAUGAUAACUUCUCUGCUUUACUUUGUAAUUAUUAUUGCCAACUCCUCUCUGAUUGUGGUGAUCUGUCUGAACAGAAGCUUACAUGAACCCAUGUUCCUGUUUCUGUGCAGCCUGUUUGUAAAUGAACUGUAUGGUAGCACAGGGUUCUUUCCAUUCCUGCUGGUUCAGAUCCUCUCUGACAUUCACACUGUUUCUGUGCCGUUUUGUUUCCUGCAGAUUUUCUCCUUAUACACAUAUGUAAAUGUAGAGUUUUGUAAUUUAGCCGUCAUGUCUUAUGACAGAUACCUCGCUAUCUGUUAUCCUCUACAAUAUAACACAUGUAUGACAUUUAACAAAGUGUUUCUCUUUAUUAUUUUUGUAUGGUUGUACUCUUUUGUGAAAUUCUUAAUCACUUUAUCCUUAAACAUCCGGUUGACACUGUGUGGAAACACCAUCAACAGUUUGUAUUGUCAUAACUACCUUGUAGUGAAGUUGGCUUGUUCUGACACUAAAGUGAACAACAUCUAUGGACUGUUUGGUGUUGUUCUCACCAUCGUAGUUCCUCUGCUUCCAAUCCUUUUCUCUUACAUGAAGAUUCUCAAAGUGUGUUUUUCUGGUUCUAAACAGAUGAGACAGAAAGCUGUCAGUACCUGCACACCUCAGCUUGCUUCCCUCUUAAACUUUUCUUUUGGCUGCAGCUUUGAGAUACUUCAGAGCAGAUUUGAUAUGACCAGUGUUCCCAGUGUUGUGCGCAUCAUCCUUUCUCUGUACUUUGUGAUUCUCCAACCACUGUUGAAUCCUGUCAUGUUCGGACUGCAAAUGUCCAAAAUACGAAAUACAUGUAAACAUCUCUUCUGCUAUAAAGUGUUGAGUGGUCACACAGAUCAAACGUAA